AUGUCUGCAGGUAAUAAGCACUACUUUCCCCCCCCUCCACACUCCUUCGCCUCACAAUCCCUGUCGGUCGGUACUCCCACACCACAAUCAAUCCCAGACAAGACAAGACGUCCCUCACUCACCACCUCAUGUCAUCUCUCUAGAAGCCUCUCCCGUCCCACCGACUUACCUCUUCGCAGUCGGCCUCAACCUCCCCGUGACCUCCACCUUCGCCCUCCCCCUCAGCCUCUACUACAUCUACCUGCAAGCCCGCGUCAUCCAACAGCGCGUCAUCACAAAUGAAUUGAUCGGCCAGCAAUCCACCUCUUCCACCGCGGACCCCAAAUCCACCGAUCCCCUCGCAACACCAUCUGCCUCGCCCGACUUGCUCCAGGCAGCCUGCCGCGCCCAGGGCAAUUUCGCCGAGAAUGUGCCCUUCGCCCUCAUCUUCGCCGCGCUGGCCGAGUUGAAUGGCGGGAACAAGACGGUCCUGAGCACGGCGUUGGGAAUGCUGUUGGUGGCGAGGGUGAUGCACGCCGACUUUGGCAUCAUGAACACGAAGAAGAACUUUGCGGGGUUCGGGAGACCUGUUGGGUUUCUGACGACGGCGGCUGUGAUGGCUGGGUUGGCUGGAUACGCGGCUGUGUUGAGUAGAGGAUACUGGGGGUUUUAG